AUGUCGGUCUUCUCUUCCAUGCGCUACUGCCUCGGUGAGCCAACUGAAUAUGGUGCUAUCUGGGCUGCUCUAGCGUUCAUGCCUUUCGGUCUGUUCUUCGACUUUAUGGACGGAAAGAUUGCCCGUUGGCGCAAGAAGUCGUCCCUCAUGGGACAGGAGCUUGACUCCCUAGCGGACCUGAUCUCCUUCGGCCUCGCCCCUGCUGCCGCCGCUUUCGCCCUGGGUAUCCGCACCUCGCUUGAUCACGUCUUCCUCGCAUUCUUCGUUCUCUGCGGCCUUACUCGCCUGGCCCGAUUCAACGUGACUGUGGCCGUUCUGCCGAAGGACAAGAGCGGCAAGUCCAAGUACUUCGAAGGCACUCCUAUCCCAACCACUCUCUCAAUCGCCUCCCUCAUGGCCUACUGGGUCUCCCAAGGCUGGACACACGCAAACAUCCCUCUUGGUCUUUUCGCCGAAGGCACGAUUUUCGAGUUCCAUCCCGUUGUGCUCAUGUUCGUCUUGCACGGAUGCUUGAUGGUCAGCAAGUCCAUACAUAUUCCCAAGCCAUAA